UGAAGUGUCCUUGUUUUUGUUCGUACAAAUGUUUGUGAAGCUGCAAGUCUUGUGCACCUACACACCUGUAUUCGGAAACACAGUUUCUCUAUCAGAGAAAACCGAACAAGUUACCCACCGAAGUAGAGAACAGAGACAACAACGUAACAAUGGAGCCAGCAUUAUUCAGCGUGGACAUGGAAGUGGAGGUCGCGUGAAGCAAGAGACCCAGUUGAAGAAACAGAGUCUAGAGAACAAUUCAGGUGAUGGGGUUCUAAGAAAGAGCAAAAUUGGUGGGCCGGAGAGGAUGCACACCAAGUGUUCGACGAAAUGGGCGUCUUAUGGUGGACGCAUUCCUUCCAUUCUGAACGCUUUGGACAUGAUUCAGGACGUGGAGGAGGCUCUGACACCGUGGGAAGAGAUGAUUAACAACAAGGAAAGAAGUAUCAUUUUGAAGGAGCAGCUGAGGUGGGAUAGAGCUUUGGAAAUUUUUGAGUGGUUCAAAAGGAAUUGUCAUGAAUUGAAUGUGAUUCACUAUAACAUUAUGCUCAGGACCCUUGGUAAAGCGCGUAAAUGGACCCACGUGGAGAGUUUGUGGGAUGAGAUGAAUGCCAGAGGGAUUGCUGCAACGAAUUCUACUUAUGGAACUUUGAUUGAUGUUUAUAGCAAAGGUGGGCUUAAAGAAGACGCGCUUUCUUGGCUUGAAAGGAUGUUAGAACAAGGGAUGGAGCCUGAUGAGGUCACUAUGGUGAUUGUAGUUCAGCUGUACAAAAAGGCAGGAGAAUUUCAGAAAGCUGAGGAGUUUUUCAGAAAGUGGUCAUCAGGUAAACCUUUGAGGACAAACAAUAAUAUUACGGUGGCUACUCCAGAAUUGGACAAGAGGGUGUCUUAUACUAAUGCUUCUUUCAGCUCACAUACAUAUAACACCUUGAUUGACACAUAUGGAAAGGCUGGCCAACUGAAAGAAGCAUCUGAAACUUUUGUUAAGAUGCUUAAACGAGGCAUAUCUCCAACCACAGUGACAUUCAAUACAAUGAUUCACAUUUGCGGAAACCAUGGGCAAUUAGAGGAAGUAAGUUCACUUCUGCAUAAAAUGGAAGAGCUUCAAUGCUCACCUAAUACUAGGACAUAUAAUAUUCUCAUAUCUCUCCAUACCACGAAUAAUGACAUAGACAUGGCAACAAAAUAUUUUCAAAUAAUGAAGAAGGCUUGCCUCGACCCAAAUCUUGUGAGUUACCGCACUCUCUUGUAUGCGUACUCCAUAAGGAAAAUGGUUCAUGAAGCAGAAGAGCUUGUAUCAGAGAUGGAUGAGAGGGGCCUUGAAAUUGAUCAAUUCACCCAGUCUGCUUUGACUAGGAUGUACAUAGAAGCAAGAAUGCUUGAACGGUCCUUGUUAUGGAUUCAGAGGUUUCAUAUAGCUGGCAAUAUGACAUCUGAGUGCUAUGCUGCCAACAUUGACGCAUAUGGGGAGCAUGGGCAUACUUUGGAAGCUGAAAAAGUCUUCAUUUGGUGCCAAGAAAGGAAGAAUCUCAGUGUCCUUGAGUUCAAUGUGAUGAUUAAAGCUUAUGGCGUUGGGAAAUGCUAUGAUAAAGCAUGUAAAUUAUUUGAUAGUAUGGAGAAACAUGGUGUAAUUGCAGAUAGAUGCAGCUAUAGUUCUCUCAUACAAAUUUUGGCCAGUGCUGACCAGCCACAUAUUGCCAAACCAUAUCUGAGAAAAAUGCAGGGGGCAGGAUUAGUGAGUAAUUGCAUCCCAUAUUGUGCCGUGAUUUCCAGCUUUGCAAAAUUAGGCCAAUUGGAUUUGGCAGAAGAUAUGUACAGGGAAAUGAUUGGACAUGGCGUGCAACCUGAUAUUAUAGUUUAUGGGGUUUUGAUCAAUGCUUUUUGUGAUGUUGGAAGGUUUAAAGAAGCCAUCAAUUAUGUUGAUGAAAUGAAAAGAGCUGGCUUGCCAGGGAAUACAGUUAUAUACAAUUCUUUGAUCAAGUUGUAUGCAAAGGCUGGCUGCCUGAAAGAAGCACAAGAAACAUACAAGUUGCUUCAAUCAUCAGAAGAAGGUCCUGCUACAUAUUCUUCUAAUUGUAUGAUUGAACUUUAUACAAAGCAAUCUAUGGUUGAUCAAGCAAAAGAGAUAUUCGAGACCUUAAAAAAAAAUGGAGGUGCAAACGAGUUUACAUUUGCAAUGAUGCUAUGUUUGUAUAAGAAAUUUGAGAGGUUUGAUGAAGGCAUUCAAAUUGCAAAGCAGAUGAAAAAAUUGGGAUUCUUGACAGAUACGUUAAGUUGUAAUAAUGUGCUUGAUCUGUAUGCUAUUACUGGGAGACGCAAGGAAGCAGUAGAGACUUUCAAGGAAAUGGUAAGAGCUUCCGUUCAACUUGAUGAUUGCACUUUUAGAUCACUUGGAAAUCUUUUUCUCAGAUAUGGAGUAUCAAGGCGGGCUCUUGGCAAAUUGGAAGUGUUGAUGAAAAAGGAUGCUUCCCAAGGUUUGCAGGCAUGGAUGUCAGCACUCUCAAGUGUUCUUGAAGUUGAUGGCUACGAAUAAAGAAUUAGAUAUAUCCUCUGCAAACUUGUCUUCAAAGGCCUUGCUGGCUUAAUAUGAGAAUGGGACCAGGUUGACAGCAUGGCAGUUGCAUCCAUUCUUCACCAAUUCAAAUCUCCAAGUGCUUUAUAUAUAAAGUAAGACUGACAUAUGAUUCUGUGAUUGGUGUGUUUUAUUUUGAUUCAUUCGAUGGCUGCUUAAUGGGGUCAAUGAAUCAGAACUUGGAUUGAAGCAAUGAGAAAAGACGCAAAACCUUUUAAGGUGAUCUGCAUAAAUCUUGCAAUCUGACUGUGGACGGGGAUACGAAGAUCAUCUUGUACUUUUUUCCAAACGCAAACCAAGGAAUUCGGGAGCCCUGACUUUGAGCCAGUGACAGUGAGAAGGAAUCCAAGGAAGACAAGCACAAACUCCUUUAAAUUUGGGUGAACCGUGUAAAUUAGAAAGAAAAAAUCAGUAUACUUCAUAAAAUCCUUCUUGUAUAAAUUUUUCUAUAUGGAAAAUUCCUGUUUUGUCUUGUUAUUAUCUUUUUUGUAC